GAGCGGCCGCUGCCCGGCAGAGACCAACCCAGUGCGGCAGUUCUGGGAAUCAGCGCCGGCGAACCGGCUGCUCUGAAAUGCAAACGAGCCCCGGAGCGCUGCCGGGGCGGGCAGAGGAUAGCGGGGGAGGGACGGGCACGACGCGGCUCCGGGGCUCCCCGGCGGGACCGGCUCUCCGUAUCGGGACCCGGCGGGGGGACCCGCGGUCCCCGGACGCCGCCUCGCCCGGCGGGGCGGCGAGCGCUGGUUCUGCCGCGGGCAAGAGCCGUGUACGUCCCUUCGGCAGCGCCGGGGCUCGCCCCGGGGGAAGAACAGACACCGGGGGUGACACUGCCGGACAGGCGAUCCGGCUCCGCGUGUGCCCGUCCCACGUGUGCGGGACCAGGGGAGCCCCGGCCCGGCCCCGCCGGACAACGAGCCCCUCCUGAGCUCCUCCCGGUCCCUUCCCGGCCCUCCGCGGGACGGCGGGGACGGCGGGAACGGCGGGGACGGCGCCGCGCGGUGUGCGCGGGCGCGGCGGGCGGCGCGGGAGCGGAAGCGGAAGCGGAAGGCGGUGUCGCCAUGGCAGCGCGGAAGCGGAAGGCGCGGGCGAUGGCGGCGGGCGGCGCGGCGCUGUGGCGGCGGCUCUCGGCCUGGCUGCCGCGGGGCCGCCUCGGCCUGGCCGCGCUGCUCGGCCGCCUCUCCGACCCCUUCUCCCGCGGUCGCGACCGCCGCGCCCGCAGAUCAUCAUGGCUCCUUCUAGCCCCACUACUCACCCCUCCUGUUCCAGUGAUCACAGCCCCACCAUGUUCCCUCUGUCCAGAAGGAGCACACAGGUUCCAGUGGAUCAGGAAUUUGGUCCCAGAGUUUGGGAUCUCCAGCUCGCAUGUCAAGGUGCUUUCAUCCCCGACGGAAUUCUAUGAACUCCUGAAGGUGCAGAUAAAAGCAGCCAAGAAGCGGGUGGUGAUGGCCUCACUGUACCUGGGAACAGGACUUCUUGAGCAGGAGCUGGUGUAUUGCUUAGAAGAAACACUGGAGAAAUCACUGCAAGCAAAAGGCUCACCUGACCUCAGAGUUUCCAUUCUCCUCGACUACACCAGAGGUUCCCGGGGCAGGAAGAAUUCCCGAACCAUGCUGAUCCCGUUGCUGCAGCGGUUUCCUGACCAAGUCCGCGUGUCCCUCUUCCACACCCCAAACCUGCGUGGGCUUCUCCGGCUCCUGAUUCCGGAGCGUUUCAAUGAGACCAUCGGGCUGCAGCACAUCAAGGUCUAUCUCUUUGAUGACAAUGUGAUCCUGAGCGGCGCGAACCUGAGUGAUCUGUACUUCACCAACCGUCAGGACCGCUACGUCUUGCUGCGGGACUCUCCCGAGAUCGCAGACUUCUUCACGGAGCUUGUGGACGCGAUUGGAGAUGUGUCCCUGCAGUUACAGCAGGAUGAUACAGUCCAGAUGAUGGAGGGCAUGGUACACCCAUACCAAGGAGACAAAGUGGCCUACUGCGAGAUUGCCAACCGCAGGGUCAUGGAGGUCAUCAACUCUGCCCGCACACGGCAAGAGCUGCUUCAUGCAAAGACUUUCCACAGCACCCAGCCAGGCAGCUCCCUCUUAUCCCAGCCAGACUCUCAGGCAUCUGGGAGUCUGAAACCAGAACCCGACACCUGGAUCUAUCCCUUAAUCCAAAUGAAACCUUUUGGGAUUCAAAUAGAUGAGAUGGUCACAGAGACGCUGCUGACGGAGGCCGAGCGGGAUGCCAGGAUAUACCUCACCACUGGCUACUUCAACUUGACACAGGCCUACAUGGACCUCAUCCUGGGGACGAGGGCUGAGUACCGCAUCCUCCUGGCCUCCCCAGAGGUCAAUGGGUUUUUUGGUGCCAAAGGGGUGGCGGGUGCCAUCCCUGCUGCCUACGUUUACAUUGAACGCCAGUUUUACAGUGAGGUCUGUGACCUGCAGCAGCAGCAGAGGGUGCAGCUACAGGAGUACUCCCGCGCCGGGUGGACGUUCCAUGCCAAAGGCCUCUGGCUGUACCUGGCAGGGAGUGACCUGCCCUGCCUGACCCUGAUUGGCUCUCCAAAUUUCGGAUAUCGCUCAGUUCAUCGUGACUUGGAAGCUCAGGUUGCGAUAGUGACAGAAAAUAAAGCCUUGCAGCAGCAGCUCCACCAGGAGCAAGAGCAGCUUUACCUCUGCUCAGGUGUGGUAUCAACAUCAACAUUUGAGCAGCCAAAUCGUUAUGUGAAACUGUGGGUGAAGCUGGUGACACCUCUGAUCAAGAAUUUCUUUUGAAAGAGGAAAAGUUGCUGCUUUGGGUUGAAGGUCCAGACGUAGGUGGGCCCUCGCGUCCGCGUCUUGUAGACGGGGCACUCGUAGACGUUGGUGGUGUCGGUGCGGUCCACGGGGAUGGCUCUGAGCAGGAUCACCGGCAUGGCGGGCGUCAGCUCCUUCAUCCGCGCCUCCGCCAUCGACCCCGCCUGCACGUCCCAGCGCGCGCCUGCGGCGGCAGCGUCAGGGCAGCGCACGGCCCCGUGCCCGCCAGCUCAGCGGCUGAGCCGGGCACGGCGGCCCCGUGGUGGUUGGCUCUGACGGGUUCUCAUCUCACUGUGACCCAGGACUGCAUUUGCCUUACUGUGUGUGGGAUGUCUGAAUAAAUUCUGUCCCCACCCCUCCCUUCAGCACAUCUUUAUGUGGGAAUUGCAGAGUUUAAGGGGAACUGGCCUUGGUGGGAUCUAUCACAUGCUGUCCCAUCUGCUCUCUGCUUUUGUCCAAGUGCACCCCUCAGCUGCUCUGCUGAACUGCCUCCUCCCCUCUCAUAAGCAGUAAUUAUUAUGGGUUUGAGUUUC